GGGUGACAUGUUGUCAUUCGGCGUCAAGGUCACCCUGUCCGGCUUAGGCUAUCGAGUGGCAACCACGCACGGACGGGCCUAAAUUUUCGUGCAACAUGGUCUCAUUGUCAAGUAACAUGUAGUUGUAUAUGAUGAUGUUCUCCGACAUUUCAUUGCAGUCUUCCUUCCCGUCUGUAACUGGUCAUCGUGCGAUGAAGCGGAGACUGUCCUCGGAGUGUGGCACUAUCACCAAUAGGACAAUGUCGCGGAUUCGAUCAGUGCGAUCCUUCAAGGCGGACUUGGCUGCUCGUCGACGAGAUUUAAGUAAUCACAGUAUGACUAAAUCCAUGCGGCGCGGCUGAGUUUGCUUUCAGGUGGACCAGAACACGUCUGUGGCA